AUGAUCGUCAACAUAGUGCUCGAGAACCCUCACGAGCACUACACCAAUCUCGACGUCAUCCAAGGCAGAGUCCAUCUGCGGGUGCCGAAUCCGACCAACAUUAGCAGCAUUAUCGUGAAGCUAGAGGGCGAAAGCAGGACGCGACUGCUGGCACCCAUACACCCAAACAGACCAGACAAACAGCGACCAGUGCUGGAAGUCCACAAGUUCCUGUACAAGACACAGGUGGUGUGGCCGACAAAUGUGCGCCCCGAAGAUGUCGCCCAGAAUCCGAAGGCAGCCUUCACCAUCAACGCCGGGUCCUUUGAGUACCCGUUCCAGUUCAAGCUUCCUCUCAAUACGCAAUGCCAGCAGACGAAUAACCCCAUCUCCAACGUUUCCUUUUCGAACGCGAUACCCGAAUUCGCAAAGACUCCGACACAACACGUAAAGGCGACACUACCUCCUACACUGGGUGGAUUUCCGGGGGAGGCAGAGAUACGAUACUUUGUCAAGGUCACAGUAAACAGACCGCAGUUCUUCAAGGAGAAUCCCAGGGCAAUUGCGAACUUCAAUUUCCUUCCGAUUGAACCUCCGAGACCCGACAAGACAGACGGCGAGGCGUAUGCGAGGCGACAACAUGAGUUCCUUGAGAAUGCUCCCAGUGUAGCGGCAGGCAAACGAAUGAGCUUCUUUGAUAGAAAGAACUCGACAGGAAGUGCUCCGCCAUCACCGACGACAGGCAGUGUGCCACCUCGGAUAGCCAUUGAUGCCCGAUUGCCUAAUCCUGCCAUUCUCACUAGCAACCAAGACUUACCGCUGAGACUACUUGUGAAGAACGUCAGCGCGCGCACAAAGAACAUAUAUCUGCAGAUGCUCCAGAUUGAGCUGAUAGGGUAUACCAAGGUACGCGCGCAUGAGGUGUCACGGACAGAGUCGAACAGCUGGAUUCUGUGCUCUUUCAGUAACAUGGCCAUUCCCAUUGGAAGUCCUUCUGACCCUCUGGAUACGGAAGUGCCCAUUAAUGCCGAGUACUGGUCUGGGAAGCCGGUACCCAAUACGGUGCCACCCACCUUCACGUCCUGCAACCUCGCGCGUUUCUACGAGUUGGAGAUACGUGUUGGCGUUGGCUAUGGGAGCUACAAGCACGGUGAAGAUCAGCUCAUUGUCUUACCCCUCAGACUACCAGUCAAGGUCUACUCGGGCAUCGCGCCACCCAAAGCACUCCUGGAAGGUGGUUUCCCUGCAGACAAACCCACCACACUUGCCCCACCGCCCCAAGCAGCUGCUCACACACCAACAACGCCAACACAAGGAGGUUUCAACGCAUCUAACGCGUCUUUUGGGCAGCCAGUACAGCCCCAGCAUGCUCCCGCUUAUGACGAUGCGCCGCCGAGCUACGAGGACGCGAUUGGACAGGAUCUUCCCCCGAUCAAUGGGUACAGAGGUAGUUACCAGCCCCCUCCUGCACCCGAAGGCGCGCCUAGGUUUUCCGACGAAAAGAGACGAUGA